GUGAGCAUUACAAAGCUUCAUUUCUCGCAUUUACAGACACUGACGUCUUUUAUUGCAGCUAUUUGCGCCGAAAGCCAUGUCACUUCAGAAGACCAGCGGAAUUGAGUACUGGACGAAGCGCUGGGCGAACCACAUCAUUCCUUUUCACAGACCUUCAGUUCAUCCGUAUCUGAAAGAAAUUGAAGAUGAUUUCACCGCUUCCAACAAGAAACUCCGUAUCCUCAUACCAAUGUGUGGAAAAAUGCGUGAAAUUAAGUGGUUCUACGAAAGGGGCCACACCGUAGUAGGUGUAGAAAUUACACGGCAAGCCAUCGAUGAUUUUUUCCAAGAAAACGAGCUCUCGGCCACUGAAGUACUUUGUCCAGUUUUGAAGUGUCCUAUUCUGCAGACAACAGACAAAAGACUGAGCAUUUACUGCUGCGACGUAGUUGACUUCAUCAGAUCCAAGCCUGGAGUGAUGGACGUGGUGUUUGACCGCGGCACACUUUGUAUCAUGGAGUCCCAAGAACAUCGCCUCAAAUACAUAAAUAUGAUGAAGACGUUGCUGGCGCCCGGGUACACUUACCUCCUCACUACUUUCAAGCACGACGAUAAAAGUUUCCAAGAUUUGCCAAAAAAUGUCACGGAUAAUAAUGUCCAAGAAUUGUUUGGAAAGAACACCACAGUGGAGAAAGUUUGCGAACUACGGGAGAUCACCGUGCCAAGCCUGAAGAGUCCUCUCAUCGAAGUGACGUGGCGCGUCACCGGCUAACCAUGUGGACGUUCCCUUGGUUAUCCAGUUUGCGUCCAUUGCGUCCAGAAUAAAACUUUUGUGCGCACCACCUCAUAUGAAGAGAUUUUCACUACAUUUUUCUGCAAUAAAAAAUGCGCCUUUUCCACAUUUAUUAAUAUUUUAGCAUGUCUGACACAUAGGUUACAAUGGCAGUUGUGUACGCAAUAAAAACGAUGCUAUAUUUGAAUACGUAUUAUUCAAGAGCUAUUAAUAAAAACAUAUUUUACGCGUUGUUUCUGCCUGCUAUAUGCUUAUAACGCUGGCUGAGGAUUUGUUUGUUCUUAACUCAUAAUAAAGAAUGUAUCAGUUCUGUACGUAAUAAAAAGUUCAGUGCAAUUA